UUUGCAUUGAGGAUGUGUGCGAUGUUGACGACGAGAAAGUCUCUGGAGUCCGUUUAAUCUGUAUUUUAAAGGGUUUUGUAUUUGUUGUGUAUAUCUUAAAAUGGGGAAGCCUAAGAAGAAAAGUGACCUCAGCCGUGCAGAGCUUAUGAUGAUGACGAUUGCGGAUGUCAUCAAGCAGUUGGUGGAGGCCCAUGAAGAAGGAAAGGACAUCAACCUCAACAAAGUGAAGACAAAGACGUCAGCAAAGUAUGGCCUAUCGGCACAGCCACGCUUGGUGGACAUCAUCGCCGCUGUGCCGCCACAGUACCGCCGCGCCUUGGUGCCCAAGCUAAAGGCCAAGCCCAUCCGCACGGCCAGCGGGAUUGCGGUGGUAGCCGUGAUGUGCAAACCCCACCGGUGCCCCCAUAUCAACUUCACAGGCAAUAUCUGCGUGUACUGCCCUGGUGGUCCUGAUUCAGACUUUGAAUACUCCACACAGUCAUACACUGGCUAUGAGCCCACGUCAAUGAGGGCCAUCCGCGCUCGCUAUGACCCCUACCUGCAGACUCGCCAUCGUGUGGAACAGCUGAAGCAGUUAGGCCAUAGCGUGGACAAGGUGGAGUUCAUUGUGAUGGGUGGCACGUUCAUGGCCCUACCCGAAGACUAUAGGGAUUACUUCAUCCGGAACCUCCAUGACGCCCUUUCUGGUCACACCUCCAACUCGGUGGCCGAGGCUGUCAGGUACUCGGAGCGCAGCCGCACCAAGUGUGUGGGCAUCACCAUAGAGACACGACCAGACUACUGCCUCAAAAGACACCUCAGCGACAUGCUGGCUUACGGCUGCACGCGCCUGGAGAUCGGUGUACAGAGCGUGUAUGAAGACGUGGCCCGCGACACCAACAGGGGUCACACAGUGCGGGCAGUGUGUGAGUCUUUCCACCUUGCCAAGGAUGCAGGCUUCAAGGUGGUGGCCCACAUGAUGCCAGACCUCCCCAACGUGGGCAUGGAGCGUGAUGUGGAGCAGUUCAUUGAGUUCUUUGAGAACCCAGCCUUCCGGCCAGAUGGGCUCAAGCUGUACCCCACUCUGGUGAUCCGGGGCACGGGCCUUUACGAGCUGUGGAAGACAGGCCGCUACAAGAGCUACUCACCCAGCGCUCUGGUGGACCUGGUGGCGCGGAUUCUAGCGUUGGUUCCGCCAUGGACACGAGUGUACCGUGUGCAGAGGGACAUCCCCAUGCCCCUGGUGAGCUCUGGUGUGGAGCACGGCAACCUGAGGGAACUGGCCUUGGCACGGAUGAAGGACAUGGGAACGGAGUGUCGCGAUGUCAGAACCAGGGAGGUGGGGAUUCAGGAAAUCCACCACAAAGUACGGCCCUACCAGGUUGAGCUGGUGCGCAGGGACUAUGUGGCCAAUGAGGGUUGGGAGACCUUCUUGUCGUACGAAGACCCGGAGCAAGACAUCCUGAUUGGGCUAUUGCGUCUGCGCCGCUGCUCCGCACAGUCCUUCCGGCCUGAGUUGAAGGGCGCAGCAUCAAUCGUGCGUGAGCUGCACGUCUAUGGCAGCGUGGUGCCCAUCAGCAGCCGUGAUCCCAGCAAGUUCCAGCACCAGGGUUUCGGGAUGAUGCUGAUGGAAGAGGCAGAAAGGAUUGCGCGGGAGGAGCAUGGGUCCAGAAAACUGGCCGUCAUCUCUGGUGUGGGGACCAGGGACUACUACAGGAAGUUGGGCUACGAGCUGGAGGGGCCGUACAUGGUGAAAUACCUUGACUGAGGCGGCUGGUGGAGCACAGGUGGAUAGCAGCAGUAACAGCCCUCCAAGGGCACCCUCUUCUGAGGCGUCUUCGGGAGAUCAAGGGCUCGAGCAGAGCACCCCCUCUAAACCGGGGCCCAUUUUGUCAGUACGCUUUGAGAAAUGUUUUAUGUUGUUAUUUAGCACUUGUGAAGUCUUUCACAGAUGCUUUGCAAAACACACCGAAUCUGAAUAUGAACUAUGUUUUGUAAGGAGUCCUUAAGCUGAGUCUUUUAAGACCACUUUUGUAGAGACACUUAAGCUGAGCUGUUUAUUUGCAAAUAUCAUCAAAGAGCUGCAUUCAGCAGGUGAUUCCAAUGGGACAUGGACUCAAAUGCAAGCCAUUGUAAUCAUCAGUUCAUUUUAAAAAUCUCUGCCUUUUCUUACUGUCCUCUUUUGUUUGGCUAAUUUUGAACUUUAACUUUUUUUCUAUCAACCACUUGAAUGAGUGUCAUUCACUUGAGGGCUGUGUAAUGGAAUGGUUCAGAGUAAUUGCAGAUAGCGUACUUUUAGCAGUCCGUGGUGACAUGAAGCUACUCCUUGUCUGAGUCAGCAGGUUUUAAUUGCCUGGAGAUCAGCAUUAGAAGAAAAAGUUCAGUUUUUGGAACUUGGAAUUGCUUUUAAACAUCUUGUCUGUCGGCUACGAUGUGUUGAUAAACUUUCAUUGAAGUUGGAUGUACUCUCAUUGUUUAUUAAAAAACAUUGUG